AUGGCUCUUUUCUUUUUCAAUUUAAUGCUUCAUGGUGAUGAUAGCUCUACAGCAGGUCCUGCAAAAUUCGGUGUUGCUGCUGGGCGUAUUUCGCAUUGGAGGUUGGAGAUCCCUGAAGAGCUUACCUCCGCUGCCGCUGCCUCGAAGCACAGACGACCAUCUACGAUGCCUUCUGACUUCUCUAGUAUGGUUCCCUCCUCUAAACUCACUAGGGGGAGUACUGUUAGUAGCGGUGGUGCCCCACUCACACCCAUCAAUACUAUCACCGGUGCUGGGGCUGAUAGCAUGGCAGAUCAUUUUGUGACUCUGUUUGCAGACGAUGAUUUGGAUGUGUUAAGACCGUACUCAAGUAGUAUCGGAUCCGAAGGGCUUCGGCCUCAGCUCGUGCGCUGUGCCCCUUUCCCGAGUCUUGCCCCUUAUUUCAGAGAGCUAAAGUAUCGCGUCUAG